CCGGCCCCGCGCCGCGCGCUCUUUCUCCGACGGCUGCCGGGGAGCCAGUGCACCGCGUCCUGCCCUCUCGGUCCCCUCUGUCGCCGCGUCAUGACCACCCAGCAGAUCGUGCUCCAGGGACCGGGUCCCUGGGGCUUCCGUCUCGUGGGGGGCAAAGACUUCGAGCAGCCUCUAGCCAUUUCCCGGGUCACUCCUGGAAGCAAGGCUGCUAUAGCAAAUUUAUGUAUUGGAGAUAUAAUCACAGCUAUUGAUGGGGAAAAUACUAGCAAUAUGACACACUUGGAAGCUCAGAACAAAAUUAAAGGCUGCGUAGACAUGACUCUCACAGUAACCAGAUCUGAACAUAAAGUCUGGUCACCUCUGGUGACAGAGGAAGGGAAACGUCAUCCAUACAAGAUGAAUCUAGCCUCUGAACCCCAAGAGGUCCUGCAUAUAGGAAGUGCCCACAACCGAAGUGCCAUGCCCUUCACCGCCUCGCCUGCCUCCAGCUCUGCCCCCAGGGUCAUCACGAACCAGUACAACAACCCGGCUGGCCUUUACUCCUCGGAAAACAUCGCCAACUUCAACAACGCCUUAGAGUCAAAGACAGCAGCGAGCGGGGAGGAGGCGAACGGCCGAAUCUUAGACCCUUCUCAGCCUGCCAGCGGACUCAUCAUCAGCAAGGAGUCGGAAGUUUACAAGAUGCUGCAGGAGAAGCAAGAGUUGAACGAGCCCCCGAAACAAUCCACUUCCUUCUUGGUGUUGCAGGAAAUCCUCGAGUCUGAGGAGAAAGGAGAUCCCAACAAACCCACUGGUUUCAGAAGUGUAAAGGCUCCAGUCACCAAAGUGGCCGCAUCUAUAGGAAAUGCACAAAAGUUGCCCAUGUGUGAAAAAUGUGGCACUGGCAUUGUGGGCGUGUUUGUGAAGCUGAGAGAACGACACCGCCAUCCCGAUUGUUACGUGUGCACCGACUGCGGCACCAAUCUGAAACAGAAGGGCCAUUUCUUUGUAGAGGAUCAAAUCUACUGUGAAACACAUGCCCGGGAGCGGAUGACUCCACCUGAGGGCUAUGAUGUGGUGGCUGUGUUCCCUAAGUGAGUCCGCAGAUCCGCUCUGAAUCAGUUCUCCAAAGGCCCCUCACGCAGUCUGUUCUCUCGCUGUGCUGGCCCUCUCUGCUCUGGCAAGUUCUUUCUCCCUGUGGUUUCAUCUCUGCUCUUUAAAUUGUCAGCUCCCCUUCCUUUGCUUCCUGAUGCAGUGACAAUGUGGGGCCUUUACAAUGAAGGGAAGAGGGCUUUGCUCAGUGUCUGCUUGCCAGAGCGCACUGUCUUACCCUUCCUCACCUCAUUUCGUCUCUGCUGCAUACGGACAUCGGUCACGUUCGAACAGACCCGAAUUUAAUAUGCCUGAUCUAAUUUUGUUUUUACUCAAUAAAUUUAUGAA